UUAGUCAUAUUCAAACGUUCGUGCCGAUAACAAGUUAAUUUUGUCGCGCUCCUUUUUUUGAACGGAGAGAAAAAAAUAUUUCUUUGUAAAGUGAAAAAAAAGGAAAAUAAAUUUUCCGCAAAAAUCGAAAAGAAUUUUUUUUUUGAGUUGAGUGAGAAAAUUUUAAUCGGAAACUUUUAAUUGAACGGAAAAUGAUUAAAGUUAAAUAAAAAUCAGCAUAAAUGACUUUUUAAUGAAUGCUGAAUAUAAUAAAGUCAGCGGAAUAGAGCCAAGCACCGAAUAAAAGUUUAUGUCGAGUAUGUGAAAAAAAAAUAAAAUAAAAAGAAAAUAUUUCAGCUCUUCCGUUUAUGUUUAUACUUAUGUGUAGUAAGCAAAACUUUUUUUUUGUGUUCAAAACGAUGAAACGAGAGGUGUAACUGUAAUGAUGUUAGUGAUUUACAUUUGAGGAUUUACUUCAAGUUAUUUAGUUUCAUGGAUUAAGUGAGCACAUGUUGGAAUAAUAAAAUUCAUGUGAAUUAAAAGUCGUUUGCUUAUCUCGUACUUUAAACGUAUGUGCUAUAUUCACCAGAGAGGAGGGAUGAGAAUGUGAAGUGCUUAAAAGACGUUGUGAAUGAAAGAAAAGUGUGAAGAAUAACGAAAGAAAAUUAAGUGAUACUUGCAAUUUUUUUCUCUAUCUUCAUCUCUCGUUUGUUUGUUGUGUGAGAUUCAUUAAGAAUAAAAAAGAAAGGAGCAAGGAAUAAAUAAUAAAAAUAUCAACAUAACAUCAUCUCUCUCAGUGUAUCAUAAUAAUAAGAAAGAAGUGAAAAAGGAUCAUAAUCCAUACAUAAUUCACAAGUGGAAUGAUAAAAAUGAUGUUGCAAAAAUUUUUAUAACAUAAAAAAAAUAAUUUCAGAGAACAUAAAUAUAAGAAGGCGGGGAUAUAAAGUAGAAAGAGAAAAAUGAGAAAAAAUGGAAUUAGUGUGGAAACAUAGUGUGUUCAUUUAUGAAAUUCAUAAAUAGAUGAUUGAGUGUUUUUCUCUCUCAUCCUUCGGGAUUUAUUGAGGAAAAACAGAUUAUUAUAACACAAAAAAAAAGAAUUAUUAUAAACGUGAAAGAAAUAAAGAAAAAAAAUUAUUAAAAUUAUUCAGAGUGGAUUAAAGAAGUGGAGAGCAACAAUAGCUUUGCCAUCAUCAACAAAAAUGUGCUUGUUGGAUUUACAAAGGAUUAUCGUUUUAUGUCUGCCAACAUUAUUAUUUGCAGCAACUAUGGAACCAGAUCACAAAUCAAUAUUAGCUAAUACAGAUUGGAAAAAACUUUGGAUGGAAACAGGACAAUUAAUCAAUAGAAUAGAUAAUAAUGUUUUAGACAGUAGUGAUAGUACGUUACCAGAAGAACCUGAGGUAAAUAUGGCAACAUCUCAGAAUCUUACUGUACAAUUAGGUGGUACUGCUUUUUUAGUGUGUAAGGUGCCAGGUGUAGAUCGAAUAGGUGUAAAUUGGCAGCAUGUGUCAUGGGUGAGACGAAGAGACUGGCAUGUAUUAGCAAGUGGUGCUCAACUGUAUACAAAUGACGAACGCUUUGGUAUUAUUCAUACACCAGGCUCAAAUGUAUGGACACUACAGAUAAAGUUCAUACAGGCUAGAGACAGUGCAAUCUAUGAGUGUCAGGUAUCGACGUCAACAGGAGUCAUUUCACAUUUUGUGAAUGUUCAAGUGGUUGUACCAGAAGCAUUUAUACUUGGUAGUGGUGAACUUCAUGUAGAUAUGGGAUCAGCGAUAAAUCUAGUGUGCAUUAUUGAAAAGUCGCCGGGUCCACCCCAAUUCGUAUAUUGGCAACGAAAUGACCGAAUGGUGAAUUAUGAUGACAAUAGGAGGGAUAUUUCAAUUGAGACAAUUCCAGGACCACGAACACAGAGUCGAUUGAUCAUAAAGGAACCUCAGAUAUCGGAUUCAGGAAAUUACACAUGUCGAGCAUCGAAUACGGAGCCUGCAUCAAUUUAUGUUUAUGUUUCUAAAGGUGACAACACGGCGGCAAUAUCGAGACGGAAUACUUCAACAGCCAGCCAUUCAUCGACAGUGUAUUAUUGUUUAUUCUAUCCUAGCGUUUUUAUAACAUUUCUAAUGUAUAGGUUAUGGUAGUAUGAGACACAUCGACUAGGAAUUGAAUUUAAACAAUAAUUGCAAUAAUUUCAAUUCAUUCUUCAUCCAAAAAGUUUUCUAAUUUGGUUGCCAUUAAAAGCUGCAAAAAGAACAUUAGAAAUAAAAUAAAAAAAAAUCAAUUUUUUAUGCAAAAAAAAGUCAUUCGUAAGACGAAUAUAAUAAGAAGCCAUCAAGUGAUGAUGAUUAUGGAUUGUAAAAGAAAAUUGUUUGAGGUCAAAAACUAUGAUGAGGAUGAAAAAUUCAUAAAAAGAAAUCGAAAACUUUUCAGACACACUCAUAGCAUACAAAAUAAGAAGAAAAAAAAAGUGAUAUUAUACAAGAAAAACUAUGAGAAAACUUUAAGACAAUUUGUGCUUGUGAUUGUGAAGAAACAAGACACACAAAAAAUUGAGGGAAAAAAGUUUCCAUAGCACUAAAGAAGAAACUAAUAAAUUGUUCUGUACAAAAACAACAAAAUGAAAAGAAGACGAUGAAAAAAAAAUCCAAAAAUAAAAACUAAUAAGAAUGAAACUUGUAAAUUAU